UCAUUGUCAAAGCGGUUUCAAUACAUUUGUGACCUGACAGAUGUGACAGGUAAAACAAAAAAUAGAAUUAAGAUAAACGCUUUCAGCGUUGUUUUAAUCUCAAAAUAUUGGAAGUAGCGUAUCUAUUUAUUAAAUAAACUGCCGAUGUCAACUACUUCUUUGGAAGGAAGCAGAGGUCCUAGAGAAGAACAAACGCCGUCCAAAAUACCGGAAUCAGUUAGGAAAAUCAUAUCAAUGGAGAAAGAAAAUGAGACUAACUCUAAUCGCAAAUCCAGAAUUGAUCUCAAUGCAUUGCCAACACGACAAUACCUAGACCAAACAGUGGUUCCAAUAUUGCUUCAAGGUUUGUCAGCAGUGGCCAAGGAACGGCCACCCGAACCUAUCAGCUUUUUAGCAGCUUAUUUAUUGAAAAAUAAAAGUGCAUAUGAAAGUAAUGGAGCAAAUAAUAAUGCUCCAACUAAUCCACAAACAUAGAAGUAUUUAUAAUUUAGAGAAAUAUAGACAUUAAAAUGUACACAAAACAUAGAGACACAGUGAUAGAGAAACACAGAUUGGAAAACUGGAACCCAAUUUAACAGAAAUGAAGCUGAUUGCAGUGGCAACCAAGCAGUUGUGCCUUCAGAGAUCUGCAAAGUUUGACAUCCGUGUAGUGUGUGCUUUCUAAUAUAAUAGUUAAACAAGUUUCUUGGACACCUAUAAUGGUUUUCUAAUUUAAUAUUUGUAUCUUUUAACACAGUUAUCUCUAAAGUGGUUUUGUUGGUUUCAGUUUUGUAUUAUAUUUAAAAUCUUAAUAUAAACAUUGUAAUCCAAAAUAUUCAGAUGGCAGAUUGAAUACAGAUGUCACAUCCUUUCCAUCCUCUUCCCUGUAAAUGGCUAUCCAUAAAACACUACUAAAUUCAAUCUGCCAGCUGAAGAUUUUAUAAUAGUCUUUGACAAAUAUCUAAAAGUAUUCUUAGAAUGUACAGAAGUUACCAACUAUUGAAAAUAUGGCAGCAUUUACUAAUUUGUAAUGCAGCUUUGUUUUUUUAUAUAAUUGGAAAUUUCCAUGUGAAAUAAUAUUUUGUCCCUUUUUAUACAAUUUCUGUAUCAGCCAAUUGUUAUAAUAAUUAAUACCUGCUUUAAGAUUGUCUAGUAUAUACACUGUGUAUUUGUAUCCAGUUGAGAGACAUGAUACCAACAUCCUAAACUUAUUUAUAUAAAAAUAAAUAAUAUUCUUGACAAUUUA